GCUUGCUGCUGGAUUGAUAGCGUGACGUCAGCGCGCCGUUACCUCUCCCCAAGGGCAGGAUUAGUCCCGAGCCGUGGAGACUGCGCUCCGGUAAUCUCCCGGUAAUAAAUGAGGGAGGAAGGGCUCAUUCGGAUCCGCCGGCAAGAAAACAAAAAGUCACCUAAAAGCGCGCCCUCCUCACCCACUCCCACGCUCAACGAGAACCUCAAGAAAGCCCCCCGUUUGGAGCAUGAUGGGUCGCGUCGUGAUGUCGCAGCAAAUACAGGCGUCCGGGGCAGGUAAACACAGCAGGUCACCUGCGGGGACGCACGGGGUGAGCUAGACUCAGGAGGAUUUACCUUGGCAAGGUGUUCACAGUCUGAUGGUCAACAACGGCUCCUGUGUCAGGACAGCGGAGCGCCUCUUCGCAGACUGAGUCGCACGGGGACCGACUCAGGUACCUGGGUGCCCUCACACCAUGACGAGCCGGGCGGAGUGAACCACCGCAGUCCACAGAACAGACGGAGAAGGCGGUCAAUCUUCAGGAUGAUCUGAGGAAUUCCUGCCUCAUUAUUCCUCAUUUUUGAAGAGAGGAUAGAUAAUCCAGAAAAGGUUACAGCGUAGAGGCCACCUUUUUUGUGCAGUUUUAGCCCUCAGAUGGACCGAGUGCCCUUGGCACUUGCAGCUAAGAUGCACUGGAUCACGCUGGUGCUGGCGGGCUUGACUUUCUUGGGGAAAGUGACAAUUUCUCGCUGUUUUGACUACGAGGAGACUGACUUUGAUUAUUAUGAAGAGGAAAGAGCAGAGUCCAUUGACUACAAGGACCCCUGUAAAGCAGCUGUAUUUUGGGGAGACAUCGCUUUAGAUGAGGAGGACCUGCGCAUGUUCCAGAUUGACAGAACAAUAGACCUAACACAACACACACAUACACAUUCACAUCGGCAGGGGCACACAUCUGGUGGUGUGGGAGAACAUGAAUCGGUGAAAAAAGGAUCCUUAUACCUACUUCUGGAGAGAAUACGAAGAUAUGGCUUUGAUCAUUUACCUAAGAACAACAGCAAGGACUCCACCAGCAUAAAGACUCAAACUGUGAAUAAUGGUAAAGUUGGGAAGAGCCGUAUUCCUCGAGCAGCCACAUCCCGAGCUGAAAGGAUAUGGCCCGGGGGAGUCAUUCCGUACGUCAUCGGAGGAAACUUCACUGGUAGUCAGAGGGCCAUGUUCAAGCAGGCCAUGCGUCACUGGGAGAAGCAAACAUGCGUAACCUUCAUUGAGAAGACAGACGAAGAAAGCUACAUAGUCUUCACCUAUAGACCCUGUGGGUGUUGUUCCUAUGUGGGUCGUCGUGGCAAUGGCCCCCAGGCAAUCUCCAUAGGCAAGAACUGUGACAAAUUCGGCAUUGUGGUCCACGAACUUGGUCACGUCAUAGGCUUCUGGCACGAGCACACGCGGCCUGACCGUGACGAUCAUGUGACCAUCAUCCGGGACAACAUCCAGCCAGGGCAGGAAUACAAUUUCCUGAAGAUGGAGCCAGGGGAGGUGAAUUCCCUCGGAGAACCAUAUGAUUUUGAUAGCAUCAUGCACUACGCCAGGAACACCUUCUCACGUGGAAUGUUCCUCGACACCAUCCUUCCAUCAAGAGACGAAAACGGGGUCCGGCCCGCAAUCGGCCAAAGGACCAGACUCAGCAAAGGAGACAUUGCACAGGCAAGGAAGCUGUAUAGAUGUCCAGUGUGCGGGGAGACACUUCAGGAAUCUACCGGUAACUUCUCAUCUCCUGGUUACCCCAAUGGAUAUCCAUCAUACACACACUGUGUCUGGAGAAUAUCUGUAACACCUGGAGAAAAGAUUGUUCUCAACUUCACCACUAUGGACCUGUAUAAGAGCAGUCUGUGCUGGUACGAUUACAUUGAGGUUCGAGAUGGAUACUGGAGAAAAGCCCCUCUGCUUGGCAGGUUCUGUGGAGACAAAAUUCCUGAAGUUUUGGUAUCUACUGAUAGCAGAAUGUGGAUUGAAUUCCGCAGCAGCAGCAACUGGGUUGGGAAAGGCUUUGCUGCUGUUUAUGAAGCCAUCUGUGGAGGAGAAAUAACCAAGGACUCAGGUCAGAUUCAGUCUCCCAACUAUCCUGAUGACUACAGACCCUCCAAGGAAUGUGUGUGGAGGAUCACCGUCUCUGAGGGAUACAAUGUCGGGCUCAGCUUCCAGGCCUUUGAGGUUGAGAGGCACGACAGCUGCGCUUACGACUACCUGGAGGUCAGGGAUGGCCCACUUGAAACAAGCCCUCUGAUAGGUCGGUUCUGCGGCUAUGACAAGCCUGAAGAUGUGCGCUCGACCUCAAACACUCUAUGGAUGAAGUUCGUUUCAGAUGGAACGGUUAACAAGGCUGGCUUUGCUGCUAACUUCUUCAAAGAGGAAGAUGAGUGUGCCAAGCCGGACAAUGGAGGAUGUGAACAGAGGUGUGUAAACACUCUCGGCAGCUUCAAGUGCGUCUGUGACCCCGGUUAUGAACUGGCCCCUGACAAGAAGAGCUGUGAAGCGGCAUGUGGGGGCCUCUUAUCCAAGCUUAAUGGAACUAUAAGCACUCCUGGCUGGCCUAAAGAGUAUCCACCCAACAAGAACUGUGUGUGGCAGGUGGUGGCUCCCACUCAGUACCGCAUCUCCAUGCAGUUUGAGGCUUUUGAGCUGGAGGGCAACGAGGUGUGCAAGUACGAUUAUGUUGAGGUGCGGAGUGGCCUUUCAUCUGACUCUAAGCUGCAUGGCAAAUACUGCGGCACGGAAGUCCCUGAGGUUAUUACCUCCCAGUACAACAACGUGAGAAUCGAGUUCAAGUCGGACAACACAGUCUCCAAGAAAGGCUUCAAAGCUCACUUCUUCUCAGACAAAGACGAGUGCAGCAAGGACAAUGGGGGCUGCCAGCACGAGUGCAUCAACACUGUGGGCUCUUACGUCUGUCAGUGCCGUCACGGCUUUGUGCUGCAUGAGAACAAACAUGACUGCAAGGAAGCUGAGUGUGAGCACAAGAUCCACAGCCCCAGCGGGACCCUGAGCAGCCCCAACUGGCCAGACAAGUACCCCAGCCGGAAGGAAUGCACCUGGGACAUCACCGCCACACCGGGACACAGAGUCAAGAUUAGCUUCAACGAGUUUGAAAUUGAACAGCAUCAGGAGUGCGCGUAUGACCACUUGGAGGCUUUCGAUGGGGACAGCGACACCGCAGCAAUCCUCGGCAGACUGUGCGGCGGCAAGAUCCCCGAGCCGCUCGUCUCCACCAGCAACAAGAUGUAUCUCCGUUUCAUAUCUGACGCUUCCGUGCAAAGGAAGGGUUUCCAAGCUGCACACUCCACAGAGUGUGGAGGUCGUCUGAAAGCAGAAGCUCAUCAGAAAAAUCUGUACUCCCAUGCCCAGUUUGGAGACAACAACUAUCCAGGUCAUACUGACUGCGAGUGGCUGCUGACCUCAGAGGAGGGAUACAGCAUCGAGCUCACCUUCAUAACCUUUGAGGUGGAGGAGGAGGCGGACUGUGGCUACGACUUCAUUGAGCUGUUUAACGGAUAUGAUGCAAAUGCACACCGGCUGGGUCGCUUCUGUGGUUCAGGGCCCAGAGAAGGGAUUUAUUCACCGGGAGAUGUAAUGCUGAUCCGUUUCCAUAGCGACGACACUAUCAGCAAAAAGGGCUUCCACCUGCGAUACACGAGUACCAAAUUCCAGGAGAACCUUCAUGCCAGGAAGUGACUCUAAACCCUGGCUGUCGCCUCUGACCUCUGUGCGUCCUUAGCCACUGUUACUCUAAGCGUCUCCAUGGCAACGAGAACAGAUGCAGACAGCGGCCUGGGAUCAGAGGAAGACGACUGUAAUGUGAAUACCUGCUUCCCCAUAAGGAUCCGCACGGGUCACUGCUUUCUGACACGAGGCAUCAAAGACAAUAAGAUAUCAACAAAGUUUGGGGAAGUCCAUCUGAAUGCUGCAUGAGUCCUUGGCACGAAGGAGACGUGUCACGGUCGCAUAUCAAGUAUCGGUGUGGAGAGUUCACGGCGAUGGUUGCGCAAAAGCAGAAAAACACUCAACUUGUAUCUUGAAUAAUAAACCAUAGAUGCAAAAGAAACUAAAGAAUGCAUCUGCAAAGGGAGUUCAGAGCCUUUGGUGACUCCUAAUCCUAGAACUGUGCAACUUACUGUUAUCAGGUGGCUGCUUAUCCCAACAAUAACUCAAGACAAACUGCUGACAGACGGUAUAUUGCCUUUGGGACUCGGCCCUGUUCAGCCCAGCUCAAAGUGGCAGCAGAUUAUUUUAUUUCUUUGUGUUGUAAAAUCCAUUGUGUUUACUGUCUGUGCGUCUGAGGAAAAAAAGAAAAAAAACAGAAAGGACAAAAGCACACCGUUGUGCUCCCUUAUUUUUUUUGGCAGAAAGCUUAUACCCACAGUCUUUGUGGAUCGGAGAAACAAGAACACAUUAAAGAAAAGCAGACUUAAAUCUUAACGAUCUGUGACGUUGAGCCUUGCAUCUAAGAUUUUUGAGUUUGUAUCAUCUUGAUCAUGUUUUGCUUGUGUUUUUAGUUUAUUCUUCAAGGAAUAUGUAUGUACCGUAUAUAUAUAUAUAUAUAUAUAUAUAUAUAUAUAAUGGAUCAGAAGGGAAUAUUUUUCACAACUGUCUUUUGAUUGUGCGUGAAUAAGCGAGAGUCCCAUGGUGCUAAAACAAAGAUGAAGGGUUUCAAAUGGAGACACAGCCAGUGUGCAAACAGCAGGCUGCAUCAACAGCUCUAUUCCUAUGGAACUACAACAUUGCCUUAGAAUCAAAUGUAAGUAAUUGCAGGCGGCUCCCGAGCUGCUGCACAGGUCGAUCAGUGGAGUAUUUCGAAGGCUUUUUUAAAUGUUUUUGGACAGUGGUUUUGUUGUAGACGUGAAAGGUGUAAGAUAGGAGUGUGUAAUUAUUGUAGGUGCUUAUCUUACUUUGAUGACCUCACAAAGUGUUUGUGCAUUUCCCCAGAUCCCAUCGGAUCUUUUUCCCGCUUUAAAGACGUGUUUGGAGCACGGAGACAAAGAAUUAGGGACUGUUGUUUAUCAUUUCAAAAAGGCUGUUCUCCGUUUUUAGAGUCCUCCUUUGUGCAAAUGUGUGUUGUAUCUGACUCUAGACAACCGUGUGUGUGUGUGUGUGUGUGUGUGUUUGUGUGUGAGUUAAGUUUAACUUUACAUUGCUGUAUGUGCCAAGCUUAUAACCUGACCCUCUGUAGUUUCUGUUUCCUUGCUCCACCUCAGACACCGACGAUUAGUCCUCUACAUCACUCAAUAAAAUACACACAGGUUCAAAACACUUGUGUGCUUUAUAUAUUA